AUGAAUAUCGUUGCGAUCGGAGUCGUUUGCUUAAUUUUGCCCCUUUUGGGAUCGGCUCAAUUCCUUGAUCCUGCCUGCGGGAUUCGAUCCGGCGCAUCUCUACGGGUCAUGAAUGGGACAGUUGCUAGUUUGAAAUCAAGUCCCUGGAUGGCCUUCCUUUACUCCACCACUGGAAGAUUUAUGUGCGGCGGAACGUUAAUCUCGAAUCGCCUGGUACUAACUGCAGCACAUUGCUUUCGUGCUAAUACUACUUUUACAAAUCUCAUUGCUCGUCUUGGAGAGUACAAUAGAAGAGCAGAAACUAAGUGUUACGGUAGCUAUUGCACCACUCGGAUUGAGGCUAAAGUGGAAAGGGGCAUCAGGCACAAAUUAUACCAUCCCAAAACGAUGCUCAACGAUAUAGCCAUGCUGAAGCUAAUCAAACGAGUAAAAUAUAAAGAGAACAUUAGACCGAUCUGCAUUGUGCUUGACACCAAGUGGAGGAACUUCAUUGACUCAAUAGAUCCAUUGACGGGGACUGGCUGGGGAAAGUCAGAGUCUGAGGGCGAUAGCACCAUUCUCAGGACUGUGGACUUAAGACGCCAAGAUCAAAUAUGCUUUGCAUUUACUGGUAGGCAUAUCACGAAAAAGCAGUUUUGUGCCGGAAAUUGGCAAAGCAAUUUAUGCAACGGUGAUUCUGGGGGACCAGUUGGUGCAUUGGUUUCUUACCAUAAUUCGGAACGAUUCAUCCAAAUCGGAAUCGCUAGCUUCAAUAAUCAUAAUUGUACAAGGGCAAGUGCUUUCACGGAUGUUCUUACUUACGCGGACUGGAUCCUUAAAGCAUAUAGACUUUUUUCUUAA